AAAGCCUAUAUGUAUGUAUUAAAGGGGAAAAGAAGGCAAUGGUGUGUUCGAUAAGAGCAUGAAUUCAAUCGAUACGAGACAAUUAGGCUAAUUGACAUUUCAAACAUAACGACGAAGACUCCAAUGAUAUAUUUGGUUGCAUGGAGGAGAUGAAUACGUCAAAGCAUUCAUCCGCCCACCCGUACAUUGAUGCAUGUAUUUUGGGCUGUUGUGCGUGGGAUCUGUGUGCCGCAGCAGAGAUAUCAUCAUCCUUGAUGUUGAAGAACUUGGAGAAGACACCCAACGAGUUGUUGAUUCGUUUUGCUCGAUCUGUUUGGCUGAUGGUUUGAGCCAAAAAAAAAAGGUAAGAGGAAAAGGAAAAUGAUACGAAGAAAGAUCGAUCCCCGUCCUUUUCCCCUCUCAACUGAAGCAAAAGGAAAGACGACCCUUUAAUGGUCUGUGCAGGAAUGAUGACCUCAUUCCUGUUCUUCUUUCCUUGACUUCCCUCCUUCCUCGACUCCCUCCAUUUGUCCUUUCCCUCUUCUAUCAACGGAGGAGCUCACAAUCCGAAGAACACGUCGAGAAGAUCGAAAAGAUGCAAUCUUUGUUGUGACGUGCCCAUAAAAGUCCGAUUUUGUUCGAUUUCAGAGCCCAAGAUCUCGUCUUUGCGCCAUUUAGCACCCAUGAGCAAGUCCUCGAUCAACCGUCCUCCCCAUCGCCCCUCCAGGCACUCGUCGGUCCUCCCUCACAAGACCCCAAACCUGCGGGACCAUUACAGCAUUGGGAAGAAGCUCGGGCAGGGGGAGUUCGGCACCACGUACCUCUGCGUCGACAAGAACGACGGGAAGGAGUACGCGUGCAAGUCCAUCCCCAAGGUCAAGCUCUUCUGCCGCGAUGACUACGAGGACGUGUGGCGCGAGAUCCAGAUCAUGCACCACCUCUCGGAGCACCCCAAUGUCGUCAGGAUCAGGGGGACCUUCGAGGACGCGCUGUUCGUGCACCUGGUGAUGGAGCUGUGCGCGGGCGGGGAGCUCUUCGACAGGAUCAUCCAGAAGGGGCACUACAGCGAGAGGAAGGCGGCGCAGCUAAUCAAGACCAUCGUCGGAGUCGUGGAAGCAUGCCACUCGCUCGGCGUAAUGCAUCGGGAUCUCAAGCCGGAGAACUUCUUGUUCGCCAGCGCCGAUGAGGACGCCGCGCUCAAAGCGACGGAUUUUGGACUCUCUGUCUUCUAUAAGCCAGGUGAAACAUUAUCUGAGGUAGUUGGAAGUCCAUAUUAUGUGGCACCUGAGGUAUUGUGUAAACUUUAUGGACCAGAAUCUGAUGUAUGGAGUGCCGGAGUCAUCUUGUAUAUUUUGUUAAGUGGCGUGCCACCUUUCUGGGCAGAAACUGAAGCAGGGAUCUUCAGGCGGAUCCUACAAGGUCGUCUAGAUUUUGAGUCUCAACCAUGGCCUGGCAUUUCUGAUAGUGCUAAGGAUCUGAUACGAAAUAUGCUUUGUAGAGAUCCAAGGAAGAGAUAUACAGCACAUCAAGUUCUCUGUCACCCAUGGAUUCUUGAUGACAAUGUUGCACCUGAUAGACCCCUGGACUCUGCAGUGCUAUCACGUCUUAAGCAAUUCUCUGCAAUGAACAAGCUCAAGAAGAUGGCUUUACGGGUUAUUGCUGAAAGCCUCUCAGAGGAAGAGAUUGGUGGUCUAAAAGAGUUGUUCAAAAUGAUUGAUACAGACAACAGCGGGACCAUAACAUUCGAUGAACUGAAAGAUGGCUUGAGAAAAGUGGGGUCUGAACUGAUGGAAUCUGAAAUUCAAACGCUUAUGGAUGCGGCUGAUGUUGACAAAAACGGCACAAUUGAUUAUGGUGAAUUUCUUGCAGCAACAGUGCACAUGAAUAAGUUAGAGCGAGAAGAAAAUUUAGCAUCAGCAUUUUCAUACUUUGAUAAAGAUGGAAGUGGUUACAUAACUAUUGAUGAACUUUCACAAGCUUGUAGAGAAUUUGGUCUUGAUGAUGUUCGCCUUGAUGAGAUGAUUAAAGAAGUUGAUCAAGACAACGAUGGGCAAAUAGAUUACAGCGAAUUUGUAGCGAUGAUGAGAAAAGGCAAUGGAGGAGUGGGAAGGAGGACCAUGAGGAACAACAUAAACUUUAAUUUGGCCGAUGCCCUCGGGACAGAAGAACACUAAUGCAAAGCUAUUAAUAAGAGGCAUCUGAACGAACUGCAGUUUUUGGAAAGAUUGUAGAACUAGAUGUUAUGAUGAGAGCAAACAAAAUGAGUCGUGAGAAGUCAUGCAAUCAUGUGAUGAUGAACUUUAUGAGGGAUUUCUUGAAAAUAUUUGUUUCCAUGUCUUAUGGAUUUAGAAACUCCUUUCAAGGAUCAUCUAUGAACAUUUUGUUGAUGAUGUCUUGAGAAAGCUUUUUGCAGAAAGAGUUAUCAUUUGCAUUUCUUGGAUUCUCUUUCUUUCAAGUACUUAAUUUGAGGUUUUAUUUGCAUGCAAU